AUGCUGUUCCAGAAUCGAGAAAGGUCCAUCCCGGCCUCAUGGGCCUGGAAGAAGAUGAUGCGAUUCGCUAUGAUCAUUGUCGCGGUUACGGGUUUUGCCGCCCUGCUGUGGCCCUCCCCACCUCACCGCGCGGCCAUGCACGCCUACUCCAAUGUGACGAUCUCCUCAGACGUCAGAUGCGACCUUGACCCGGAAAUGCUGUACCGCAUCGGUGUGCGCAAGCUGGUCGCCUACACCCGCCGCGAGAUGGUGGUGGACGUGGUGAUGGACCCGCUCCCCGUCCGACAGAGCGUUGAUCAGCCGCUGCUGGACGUGAAGUGGAAGCCCUCGGUCUCGAGUGAGGUCGAGCCUGGACAGUCGCCGGACGGCUGCACCAUCCCGAUGCCCAUGCAGGUUCAGGUUGUUCAACCGCCCAAGAUGGCGGUGGCACCGCAUAUUGACUUUGGUGUUGCCACUUCUAUUGGAAGACUGAAUGAAUCGCUUGACCAAUUUGCUCAUUGGGCUGGGUAUACGCGCACUCGCAUCUUCGCUCUUAUCGAGCCCGAUGAAACUGGAGAGGGGAUUUCCUACGUCAAGACCAAGGCGGAAAACCUAGGAAUCAAUCUUUUCAUCACCGAGUCCGAGGAUGACUACCUGCACCGAUACUUUGCACUCAUUCCCCUUAUGAAAGAGCACAUGCGGGAGCAGACACAGUGGGCGUGCAUCAUCGAUGACGAUACCUUCUUCCUAUCUAUGUCCGCGCUAGUGGACGCGCUCGCUGAAUACGACCACACAAAACCGAUGUACAUCGGCGGUCUUUCAGAAGGCACCCCGCAGAUCGCAGUAUUCGGAAUUAUCGCGUUUGGAGGCGCUGGCGUUUUCCUAUCGCGGCCCUUGCUAUCCGAACUGGCUGCGGUCUACGACGAGUGUGAACAGAUGACAUACACCGGUGACCGCCGCAUCGCCAACUGCGUCUAUCAGUACACCACGACCCGCAUGACGAUCGACCACCGCCUCCACCAGCUGGACUUGAUGAAAGACGCAUCAGGGUUCUUCGAGUCAGGCCGCGAACCCCCGCUCUCGGUGCACCACUGGAAGUCAUGGUUCCAAGCCGACAUGCCCAAACUCAGUGUGAUCUCCGAACUGUGCGGUGACACCUGCCUGCUGCGCCAAUGGCAGUUUGCCGACGGCUGGAUGUUGACUAACGGGUUCUCGGUGAUCAAGUACGGGUUCCCGCCUGGGCCGGGUGAUCUCUCGAUGGAAAUGACGUGGGAGCCGCACAACGGCGCUGUAGAGGAAUCAUACCUGCACGAGCUGGGCCCCCUCCGCCGCAAGGACGAAAUGAAGGAAAGCUUCCUCCUCGAAGAUGCCGUGAUGGAAGAGAAUGGCCGGGUUCGUCAGUGGUACGUCAAGCGGGACUCGACCCUCGGCGACGAAGUGUUGGAAUUAUCAUGGCGCAAGCGUUGA